AGAAGUUGCAUAAGGGAAGUGCCGCAGUGAGUCCGGUCUAGCGCUGUUCUCCGCUGCGUGUACGUCGAGCAGGGUUUUUUAAUCAGCCGAUCAGAACGAGCAGGCUCACUUUUUAAACGAAAUACCCACAUAGACAUCACCGCGCAAAAUGGCCACUGACUCGGGCUACGGGCAACACGGUGCCUCACAACCAAGUUAUGGAUCAUAUGGCGCUCAGCCAGGCGGACAGGGUUAUGGACAAGGAAAUGGCGGAGCGCAGAGUUACAGUGGCUAUACACAACCAGCCGCUACACAAGACGCUUAUAGCCAGCCUCAGCAACAGACCUAUGAUAAUUAUGGACAGGAAUCAUCUGGGUAUGGCAGCAAGUCGUCAUCUUAUGGGCAGCAAAGUUCCUAUGGUGCUCAGGGACAAGGAGGUGGAGAGAGUUACGGACAGCAAAGCUCCUACGGUGGUCAAGGCCAAGCAGGUGGAAGCUAUGGAAGAUGGAGUGAAGGUGAAGCUGGUGGCCAGGGCGCGAGGUUUGGACGAGACCAUGGCGAUCGUGAAGAAGGAGGGGGCUACAGAGGCCGGGGCCGUGGCGGUGGCGGCUACGAUCGUGGCAGUUAUGACCGCAGUGGUGGAUACGACCGCGGCGGAUACGACCGCGGCGGAAGAGGCGGACCUCCUGGUAUGGGAGGUGGUGACCGUGGUGGCUACAAAAAUUACGGUGGCUCUCGAGACUACGGCUCAAGGGAUGAACCAGCUGGAGACGCUGGAGACAACUCUGACAACAACACCAUUUUUGUAGAGGGGCUCGGAGACGAUGUCUCGGUUGAGGAAGUCGGCGAGUACUUCAAGCAAAUUGGUAUCAUCAAGGUGAGCAAGAAGACCGGAGAGCUGAUGAUCAACAUCUACAGUGACAAGGCCACUGGUCUGCCGAAGGGAGAAGCUACAGUGUCCUUUGAUGACCCGCCCUCGGCCAAAGCUGCUAUUGAUUGGUUCGACGGCAAGGAAUUCCGCGGCAAACCCAUCCGGGUGUCGUUUGCCACCCGCAGAGCCGAGUUCACACAGAGAGGAGGCGGAAGAGGGGGGCGAGGAGGAGGUUUCAAAGGUCGUGGUGGUGGUGGUGGUGGUGGAGGACCCAACUUUGACAUUAAGGGAGGAGACUGGCCCUGUCCCAACAGCUCUUGUGGCAACAUGAAUUUUGCCCGGCGGCAGGAGUGCAACAAGUGUGGUGCACCUAAACCAGGAGACGCAGGCGGUGGGGACCGUGGAGGCAGAGGUUACGGCGGCGACAGAGGUGGUGGCUUCAGAGGUCGCGGAGGUUUCCGUGGCGGAGACCGUGGCGGCUACGGCGGUGGCGGCAGCGGUGGAGGAUUCGGAGGUGGCUACAAGAUGGGAGGAAGAGGUGACCGCAGAGACGACAGAAGAGAGCGGCCAUACUAAGUGUUGAACAGAAGGAAACCAUUCCAGCCCUUCAGGUCACUGUGGAGGGGAAGGGGGUGGGAGUUAGUUUGGGAAAACUGGGAAAGAGGAUCUGGACCUGGGGAUAGAUCAGAUAUUCUGAUUUGUGGCCAGAGCAUCCCAACCUACUCUUCACCGGGAGCUGAUGUGAAGGGACUGUGGGGCUGAUUGGCACUGUCAGCAUGUGGUCAUCCUAUUUUUUUUUUUUCUGUCUUAUUUCUUUGUACAUCCUUUUAAUUUUCACAGACUCUAGAUGCUGAUGUUUUGUGAGAUAGAUCUCGUACCAUUGUUUUGUAUGAACGAAUAAAAAUGUUUUACUUGGAUUUCUUCUUUUUUUUUUUUCUUUUUCCAAAAUGAUAUUAAAAACUGUGAUCUUUUC